CCCAUCCACAGCCUCAUUCACCCUGCCAGCAGACGAUCUCAGCCCCCAAAAUAGCCCUCCGCUCAGGCAGCCGUGUUUCAGGGACAGCUGAGAUGACGUCAUUCCCCCCCCGCUUCCCCUUGGCGCGGUGUCCCCAGCCUCGUCCCUCAUAAAUACCCCGCCACCGCCAGGGUCUCAGGGUCUAUCUACCCCAUCACAUCAACCCUAUCUCCAUCCUCAACUCUCCCCCUCCAUCAUGCCCGGACACUUCGGCCAAAAGAUCCUCAACAGCUUCGGCAUGGACCACCACCACCACCACCACCAGGGCCAGCCGUACCAACAACCGCCCCCACCGGGCGACAACCGCCUAGCGGGCAACCGGAUCAUCCACAACGACGAGCGUCUCCUCUCCUCGCAUCCCGCGGGCACCUAUCCCCGGCUAGCCCGGCUCUCAGACGGACGCAUCUUAGCCUCCUUCACGCGGUUCUACGGCGGGGGCGAACGCGCGCUCCUCGUCUCCAUCAGCAGCGACAACGGCCACACGUUCACCGACCACGGCGAGGUCACGCGCGGCCACGGCGACGUGGACAACACAUUCCUGCUCGAAGUCGGGCCGGGCGUCGUCCUGGCGGCCUUCCGCAACCACGACAACGGUCCCAACGGCCCCGUGCACUUCCGCAUCACGGUGUGUCGGUCCACCGACUCCGGGCGCACCUGGGCCUUCGCCUCGCAAGCCGCCGAGAAGCCCGCCCCGCUCGGCAUCUGGGAACCCUUCAUGCGGCUGGGCCGCCGCCCGGGCGAAAUCCAACUCACGUACUCCCAAGAAUUCGCGCACGACAACCAAUGCACCAUGCUGGUCCGCUCCUUCGAUCAAGGCUCCACCUGGUCCCCACCCCACUGCCUGCACGGCGCCCAGGACCCCCGCCGCGACGGCAUGAACGGCAUCGCGCGCACCUGGGACAACGGCCGCGAAGCGCUCGUCAUGGUCUUCGAAACAACCAGCUACGGGACCUUCGACGUCGAGGCGCUCCUCAGCUACGACGACGGCGAGACCUGGGGCUGGCGACACCAGGUGUACGUGCCGCCGCGGGGGCAUAACGCGGGGGCGCCGCAGAUCGCGUCGCUGGGCGAUGGGUCGCUGGCGGUGAUUUUCAUGACGGAUGAGGAUUGUGGCGAGGUCAGCUGGACCAAGAAUGCCUGUGUCAAGGUCGUGUUUGGCGCGCCGCCGGUUGAGGGGAGGGUCCAGUGGACGCAGCCGACGGCUGUGUGUGGGGAUAUGAGCCAUUGGCCGGGGAUUUUUGCCCUGGAUGAGCGGAGACUGUUGGCGUUGUAUGAGUGUGGGGGGCCCAAGGCGAAGACGAUUGCCUUGGAGAUGUAGCGAUGCGAUAACAUGAGGGAGAUGACUGAGAUGGAAGCUGGAUGUGUCUUUUAUCGAGCUGGAUUGGAUAUGGGCGUUGCAUGGAUGUUAUGUGACCGACUACCGACUAACUACUUACCUACUACCUACCUACUACCUACCUACUACCUACCUACUACCUACCUACUACCUACCUACUACCUACCUACUACCUACCUACUACCUACUUACUACCUACUUACUACCUACUUACUCAAUCAAUCACCCACUACCACUGCUCUACCUCUCAGAGUAAACAGCAACGAUGUUCAUCGUGUUCGUUGGUUGUAGCCUGCUGCCGGGCGGUUUCGAACCACACUCACUGCUCCC